AUCGGUGGUUGUGUCUCCAAAUCCAAAUCAAACACGUACGCACACUCACUGUCGAUCCAUCCAAUAUAAUGCGACUGUUCAUCUCCUUCUCCAUCUCCAGAGCUCUCUUCUUCUUCAACAACCCCAUUAGGUCAUUUUCCUCCAUGGCCACCACCCUAUCCUCCGUCACCGCCUCCCUCAGCCCUAAGUCCCGGCUGAGAGGCGUCGUAUUCGACAUGGACGGAACCCUAACUGUCCCAGCCAUCGAUUUCCAGGCAAUGUACAGAGCCGUCCUCGGCGAACAAGAUUACUUAGCUAUCAAAUCCAAGUGCCCUUCGGGAAUCGAUAUAUUGAAUCACAUUGAGAAUUGGAGCCCCGAUAAGCAACACACCGCUUACGAAACUAUCGCCGAUUUCGAGCGCCAGGGUCUCGAUCGCCUCCAGAUUAUGCCCGGUGCAUUAGAACUUUGUGGUUUUCUUGAUUCAAGGAAUAUUAGAAGGGGAUUAAUCACUAGGAAUGUCAAGGCAGCAGUUGAUUUGUUUCACUCGAGGUUUGGGGUGACAUUUGCUCCUGCACUGAGCAGGGAAUUUCGUCCUUAUAAACCAGAUCCAGCUCCACUGUUACAUAUCUGUUCAGUUUGGGAAGUUCAACCUAAUGAAGUAAUGAUGGUUGGGGAUAGCCUUAAAGAUGAUGUUGCUUGUGGGAAACAAGCGGGAGCAUUUACAUGCUUGCUUGACGAAACAGGGAGGUAUGAUUCUCCCAAAUACGCGGAUGUGGAAUUUAAGCCAGAUUACAAGGUGUCUUCUCUUGCCCAUGUUCAUUCACUACUGGAAGCAAAUUUUGACCUGACACCAUGAUCCACAAUUUCCUUGACAAUAAAAACUUGCAUUGUUAAAUUGAGUAGCAUUGAGAUUCUCGGACCAUUUAUUAGUUGGUGGAUACACUAUUUUUGAUCCUGUGAAGAUUUCAUAGGAGAAGCUUUGUGAAGUACAGAGACAGGAAAAUACCAAGGAAAUAUUUUAUUAUGUGAAUGACAAAGAUCUUUUUUUAGUUUGGCAUCUUAUGGUAGUAUUGAUAUGCUGCAGAGUCACCAAAUAUAUAGGUUUCCUUGCCAAAGUAUCCUUGGAUAGAUUUCCUGCUCAUCUUUGUUUGUUGUUAUCAUUGUAUUAUGAGGCUAGCUGUUAAUGCUUUCUUUGUGGGAUGUAAGAUUGUUGUUGUAUAUCUAUAUGUAAUACUUUUGACCCAUUUAAUAAUGCAAUUUCUUUCUCCC